CUUGCCUUUUGCUUUUCUUGUUCCGCGUAGACGACCAUAAGGUCAAACUUCUCACAAAACUUCGCAAGGAAAAGAAUAGUACCCAAUAAAAGACUUUAAAAUCCAAAGGCAGAGAGAGAGAGAUAUCUGCCAUAGAAAUUGUAACCAAAAGCUGCAAACUCAAAGAAAGUUUUCACCACCUCAGAAGCUCCGAAAGAGAAGGCCAGUUUGUUCUCUCUCCUACCUACGGAAGUUUAUCUUAUCUUGACUUUAGUGAGCUCAAUCUAUCCUUUAUGCUGCUGCCUGCUGGCCCUUUCAUUGCAUACAAAAGAGUGAUCUUUAGUACUCUGCCCCCUUUUGGGAAUCCAAAGUAUAAUUUGUGCAGUUGAAGCCAAUAAAGUUCAGGUGUUGAGGAAUUUGGAUUGGGUGUCUGUUUGAGGUUCAGUGUUCAUUUUAGAUUGGUUACUGUAUGGCUAUGGAAGAUAACGACUACAUGAUUCCUGGUUUAGAAGGUGAAGAGAAUUUGAUUGCUGCCGCAAAACAUAUAGUGAGGGCUCUGGGGUCUAAAAAGAACCUGACAAAUAAUGAGAAGAAAGUUUUGGCAGAUCUUGGCAACCAACUAUCCACCAUGACCAUAGUCAAUGAAAACGAGGGGGAAGAAAUUAGUGAGAUUGAAUUACAGCUAAAUGCUGUACAGGAGAAGAUUAUGAGUCGGGAGGUAGAUGAGUCUAUGAUAUGGGAGGGGGGCUCAACUGAAGGCCUCGAGUAUCUAAAUGUCGUAAAUGAAGCCCGAAAGUUGACUGAAAGAUUGGAUAGGUUGUGUGUGGAUAAAGGUGACGAUGAGAAUGAGCAUCUGCGAAGGGCCUACAAUGUUCUUCAAAUAGCCAUGGCAAGGCUUGAGGAAGAGUUCAGGCACAUUCUUGUUGAGCAUAGGCAACCCCUUGAGCCUGAACAUUUGUCUUUCCGUUCAAGUGAAGAGGAUGCUGCAGAUUUCUGCUCAAUAAACUCAUUUUGCGAUGAUUCAUUUGAAGCACCAAUUCAAAGGGAUGGUGCGAGUAGGACGUCAGAGGAACGUAUAAUAGAUUUGGUUAAUCCUGAUGUGAUUUAUGACCUCAGAUGCAUAGCAAAUUCAAUGUUCCAAUCGAAUUAUAUAUGCGAAUGCUCCCAGUCGUAUAUUAGUGUUCGAAAGGAUGCCUUUGAUGAAUAUCUCUUCAUUCUUGAAAUGGAGAAGCUGAGCAUUGAGGAUGUGCUGAGGAUGGAAUGGGGAGCCUUGAACUCCAAGAUCAAGCGGUGGAUUCGGGCUAUGAAGUUCUUUGUGCGGCUAUAUCUUUCCAGAGAGAGAUGGCUCAGUGAACAGAUUUUCGGGGACCUCGGAUCUGUUGGUUUAAAUUGUUUCGUGGAGGCAUCGAAGGCUUCAAUCUUACAGUUACUGAAUUUUGGGGAAGCAGUAUCAAUUGGCCCUCACAAACCAGAAAAGUUGUUUCCCAUUCUUAAUAUGUAUGAGCUUCUAACGAGUCUUCUCCCUGAUAUAGAUGCUUUAUACUCAGACGAGGCUGGUUCUUGUGUUAGAAACGAGUAUUAUGAGGUUAUAAAGAGAUUGGGUGAUUCUGUGAGGGCAGCAUGCCUUGCAUUUGAGAAUGCCAUUGCGUCAAGCACAUCUACAAACCCUUUUGCUGGAGGUGGAAUCCACCCUUUGACAAAAUAUGUGAUGAAUUAUAUCAAUAUUCUUACUGACUACAGUGAAACCCUCAAUUUUCUCCUUGAUGACUGUGAGGGAGAGCAUCACAUUACUUUGUCGCCUGAAACGAGUCCAGCUAAGGAAGAAGGGCAUACAAGAGGAGAAACGUCGCCUGAUAUUUCCCCAAUGGCUUUCCUCUUCCGGUCUUUUGCUUCAAUUCUAGAAUGCAACCUUGAAGAAAAGGCCAAGUUAUAUAAGGACCCUUCUCUGGUUCAGAUCUUCUUGAUGAAUAACAUAUAUUACAUGACUCAGAAGGUAAAGAGUUCUGAACUAAGGCAUGUAUUUGGAGAUGAAUGGAUUCGAAAGCACAACUGGAAAUUCCAACAGCAUGAAAUGAACUAUGAGAGAGCUACUUGGAGUUCAAUCCUAGCUUUACUAAAGGAUGAGGGGAACUCCAGUGCAGAUUCCAUCUCAAAAACUCCCCUAAAAGAGAGGUUCCGAAGCUUCUAUCUGGCUUUUGAAGAGGUUUACAAGACGCAGACUGCCUGGCUUAUCCCUUAUCCUCAGCUACGAGAUGAUUUACGAAUUUCGACAUCUCUUAAUGUGAUUCAGGCCUAUAGGACAUUCUUGGGAAGACAUAAAAAUCAUGUAAGUGACAAGCUCUUUAAGUACAGUGCUGAUGAUUUAGAAAACUAUCUGUGGGAUCUCUUUGAAGGAUCACCAAAAUCAUUGCAUAAUUCCUACAGGAGGUGAUUGCAUUAUAGGCAAUAUGUAUUAAUUUUUAGCAGAGUUAAGGCUGCUAUGUCCCACUUAGCUCUUUAUCAGUUUUUUACUUGAUUGAUAAGCAGUUGGUUGUAUUUGCCAAAAACCACAACUGCUAAGAUGUCUCAUUGUUUGUAAGAGGCAGACUAAUUACAAAGUUUUCAGUUUUGUUAUAGUUCUGUACCAUCUCCUUUCUUAUGAUUCUAAAUUGUUGGGAUCAGAAAAUUAUUUGUGCAUUGUUUGUGGC